AUGGCUUCUGUGACUUCACUGGACAAAGACUUGCGCAACUUGCGACUGUCCCGCUAUACCCCGCAGGCAGCCGCGGAGGUACGCGACUGGAUUGAGGAGGUACUACGGGAGAAACUGCCAUCCAGCGAUCUGUUGGAAGGGUUGAAGGAUGGUGUGGCCCUUUGCAAGCUGGUCAAUCUGGCUGUGUCACCAGGCGUGAAGUAUAAGCCGUCAGGGAUGCCAUUCGUACAGAUGGAGAACAUCUCGCAUUUCCUGCGUGCAUGCCAAAUGGCCCCUCUGAACCUACCUCCACACGACGUUUUCCUCACAGUCGAUCUCUACGAAUCCAAAGAUCCGGCCCAAGUCCUUCAGUGCUUAGCGGCAUUUAGCCGCCGAGCGAACGCCCUCGCCCCUAACAAGUUUCCCCGGACCGUCGGCCCCCAAAGCAAGCGUGGCGUGAUUAGUCCGAAUGCUACCGGCUCAUCAGGCAGUGGCUCGUUUACUCGGAAUGGACGGGCUUCGAGUAACGCUAGCGAUGCGAACCCGUCGGGGUCAUAUAGCUCUUGGAGCAAGAGGGGCGACGAGGGCGCUACUUCGCCGGCUUGGAAUAUUCAUCAAUACGGCUACAUGGGUGGUGCCAGCCAGGGUAAUCAAGGCAUUGCGUUCGGUGCUCGGCGACAGAUCACUACACCGGGGCCAGCCGUGCCUAGUCUAGCGGAGAAGGAGAAGCGCAGACGGGAGGAGGAAGAGAGAAUCCGCCAGGAAAAUGCGGAUAGAGAGGAGGCUGAACGCAUCCGCCAGCAACAGCAGGAGGAAGAAGAGGCCCGAGCCAAGGCCGAGGAACAACGUCGUUGGGAAGAAGAGACAGCCCGUAUGAGGGAGAAGGAACGGCAGCAGAUGGAAAUGGAAAAGAAGCGCUGGGAUGAGGAAAAGCGCCAGUGGGAAGAAGAAGAGCAACGCCGCGUUGCAGAAGAAAAAGCAGCCGAGGAGCGUCUCGACCAAGAGCGACAGCGUCGACGGGGUGCUAACGAUGCUCGUCUCAAUGGCCAGUUCCUCAGUCAAUACCAGGCUGACCAACCCCGCAGCGUCAGUACCGGCAAUGCAGCUGGUCUACCUGAGGAGACCCCGGAAAGCCGCCGUAUCAAAGAGCUUGAGCGCGAGUUGGCCCUGGCCAAAGAGAGAGAGCAACAAUACCAGAGCGAACGGCAAAGCGUUCAGCCUCAAGAGCCCCAGCCUCUCAGUCAGAACCGCCAACGCCCGGCGCCCGUGCCUCCUAAGCCAAGCUACGAUCUCUCCUCGCUGGAACAGGAACGGCGCAUGCUCCGUGGAGAAUGGCUGAGGAACCAGGAAAUGCCAGCAGCUUCUGAAGAACCCGAGACAGCAGAGGAGGAACAGGCGCCCCCUCCACCGCCUCGUCCACUCCCCGAGCCUGUUGCAUCGCCCAAGCCAGCACUUCCGGCCCGCGAUCUUCCUGCAGCUCCACGUCCCUUGCCAGACCCGGUAGCAUACACAGCUAGCCGCGGUCGUGAGAAUCGAGUCGACCGUUUCCUUUCGUCGAACCCGGCACCGCAGGCUCCUGCACCCUCUACCCACCGGCCACAGGACUACAGCACUACAUCCGAAGUUGACGCAGAGAACAAGCGCCGCAUUGAAUCUCAAGAGAAGACUCGUGCUGGUGGGUGGGCUUCCAAGUCACUUCUGGAGCGUGAGAUGGAGCGCGAACGUGAGCGCCAGCGCGAGUGGGAAGAGAACCAGAAGCAAACCCAAGCUGCUGCGCGCGAUCCUAGCAUGGGUUCUGGCCCAGGUCAAAGCUGGGAUGUUCACCAAUAUGGCUACAUGGGCGGCGACAACCAGAAUCGUGGUGGCACAGGCCUCGGGAUUGGAGGUGCCAGGCGACAAAUCAUUGGACCUCGACCUCCACCAUGA